UUCGAGGUCUUCCCGAUAAAAACUAGGAAUAUAGAGAACGAAGGAUUCGCAGGACCCUUCGACCUCUACACUGUUUCUUUUAUCACCAACACCUCCGAGUAACCUCCUCCAUCUUUGACUUCCUCUUCGCUCCUUAAAAAAAGGCACCGCAAUUCUGACUGUUUUUAUUAAGUAUCAAUUAUCAUUCGGGGGAUUUUAGAUCGGAUUUUAUUACCGAAAUUUAAUCAAAAAUUUCCCAGUAACCAGUGAUUCGUAACAGAAUUGUUUAUCCUUUAUCCUUUGAUCCUGCGCAGGAUCUCCAUCGCCUAUGAUGAAUUCUGUAAGAAAUUUGGAUUUUCCAACCAGGCCACGACAAUUUCGUUACGGUUUUUCGUCGAAAGAAAGGAAAAUCGAGGAGGAAAAUAUUUCCUCUUUUUAUAAAAUCGAGUUAUAAGUUCGUCUGUCCGUCACGCCGUCUAUUAUCAAUGUUUUGUUAAUGUUUAAAAAAGUUCCCCCGAAAUUUGGUAGUUAAAAUAUGUGGUAGUACGUGACCCGAGUGUCGUCUCGUGUGGGGAAAGGUCCUACUUCCUAGAAAUUUGCUACUCUCUUUAAAGUAUCUUUCCAAAAAAAAGUUAAGGUGACAUUUUCUCCCAUUCAUACGCGAUAUUUUUCAAAAUAAAAAAAAGUUUAUUUAUAGUUUUUCUACAGUAAAUAUAUACGGAAAGGAAUUAUUUUUAUAGAUAAAUUAAUGGUACGUAAUUAAUUACGGGGCCUUUAAUUAAUUAAAUCUGUUAAAUUGUGUAAGACGGACAAUGCGUGUUUUGUCUGUCAGAUAGAAGACGAAACGUGUUAAAUUCGUGUUAAUGAAGAAGUGAAAAUUACGUAGAUAUACAGAAAAUAAUGUAAAUAAAUAUGUAAAAUACGCGCUUUUGAGUAACGUAAACGUGGAAAAAUCGAAUAUUUAAAGCUUGUAGUUCAAUUUGUGAAUUACAUAACAUAAAUUUAAUUUUAAAAAAUGAGAUGUUUUCAAACAGAAAAAAAUAUAUUUUAUUUGAGAAAUAAAUUAAAGAGAGAAAGUAAAAAUUUUUGGAGGAAAGAGAGACAUAAAUUGAAUUUAUUUCACGAGACGACAAAAUUGUAUUUACUCGUUUCAUUUAUCUUUCGAUUUUUAUUUUUUUCCUAUAAAAUAAAUCAAAUUUCUUGCUUUUAACUAAAGAAACAUCGGUUUAAACACCGGUUUAUGUUAUUUUGAGGCUAAAAAUAAAAAAAUAUUUAUAAAAACGUCGGGGUAAAGCUGCCCAAAAUCUGCAAAGAUGCGGCUCUUUUACACUCGAUUUUGUUAUUAAUUAAGCGGAAAGGGGCGGAUAAACGUGUGAUAAUGACGUUACCGUUUCGAGUAACGGUAAUUAACGUGUGUAAACGUUUAAAUUUGCAUAAACAAAUUUUGUUACGUAAUCGAUUCGUCAUCCGCUUCCACGUGACGACAAAGACGAGAGCAAAAUAUCACCCUGUUCUAUCGAGGAUGAUGACUUCUGCACACUACCGUAACGCGAUUUUACAGCCGUUACUGUUAUAUAAAUACGGUUUAAGUACUUAAUUUAAACGACACUUUGCCUAAACGUUAAUUAAGUAAUUUUUAAAAAUAGAACGUAUUUAACGAUUAUAAGUGAGUUUGUAUCGACCUAACCGAAAAACACUUACGUUUGGAGACGUAAAUAAAAGUAACGUCCAGAUAGGAAAGUUUCAGUCGUCACGUGAGAUGAAUGGGGAGCGAACGUUACCCGUAGCAACGCCCUUGACUGUACGCAUUCCCAUUGGCCGGUCCGCUUUGACACUUACCCCCGUAGGUCUACCUUUCAGUCGGAAUCUAUGUAACGAGAUGGACACGUCGAGUGGGACUCUUUGAAGAUGUACGGGAUGCUGUUAGAGAGCGUUCAACACUACGUCAGGAACGAGUACGGUGACGUGGCCUGGAGUCGGGUGUUGGAAGAAGCGGGAUACAAGAACGUGGUCUUCACCACUCACCAGACCUAUCCCGACAAAUUGAUGAUUGAUCUGGCAUCCGCCUGUUGCCAUCACAUACCCAUCAACGAGAAGAAUGCGGCUUUCCUGCGCUUCUUCGGUAAAUGUUUCGUGCGUUUCUUCAGCCAUUACGGAUACGAUACCCUGAUCAGGGCUUCGGGGCGCCAUUUCCGCGAUUUCUUACACGGAAUCGAUAAUCUUCAUCAUCAAAUACGCUUCAGCUAUCCCAAGAUGCAGAGCCCUUCCUUCUACGUAGAGAGCGAGAGCGUGAUGGGUGUCGUACUUCACUACAGAUCCAAGAGGGUGGGAUUCGCCGAGUACGUCGUAGGACAAUUGGUGCAGAUCGCCAAGACCUUCUACGACCUGAACUUGAAAGUAUCCAUUCUGAGAAAUGGUCCCGAUAACAACGGGACGGGCUGUCACGUGGUCUACGAGUUAAUUUUUGAUAACUUUCCGUAUCGAAAAGACCAAUUAGUGAAAGAGAACUUGCAGCAACUGACGGGAAUUCAGACUCUUUCCGGUUUAUAUCUCUUCCGUCUUUUCCCAUUCGCCUUGGCAUUCGACAAAACUUUGACCAUUCUACAAGUGGGAGUCAAGUUGAUGGAGUUGUUCGGAAGAGAAGAAAUGGCAAACAAACCCGUAAAGAAGUACUUCAUGAUGCACAGGCCCCGAGUUCCUCUCGUUUGGGAUCAGCUCUUCAUCCUGCAAAAGGUAGUAGUGGAAAUGGAAUGCUUCAACUCCUUCUACGUCAAGUUGUUGGUUGAAGAUAGGAGAAACAGUGCCUCCACCAGAAAUCUCCUCCUCAAGGGUCAAAUGCUUUACAUUAACGAGUGGGAUGCCAUUAUUUAUCUCUGCGUGCCCUUAUUGAGCGGUCUUCAAGAGAUGCAAGAAGUGGGCCUUUAUUUAACCGAUUUGUGCAUUCACGACAGAAGCAGGGAAAUCGUCUUGGCGGGAUGGCAACACGGCGCACGUUUGGAAGUGUCUUACGAAAAGCAAGAACAACGAAGCAAGAAAUUGGAACAAAAUCUUCAGAUGCUGGACGAGUGGAAACAGAAAGGAGACGAUUUACUCUAUUCUAUGAUCCCCAAAGCUGUAGCGGAACGUCUUAGAAACGGUGUCGACCCCAUCAACACCUGCGAGUCAUUCGACGAAGUGACAGUUUUAUUUAGCGAAGUCGUUGAUUUUGGUGAUUUGUGCGCCCAACUUACGGCAAUGCAAGCGGUUCAAUGCGUCAACGACGUUUACACCCUGUGCGAUCGAGUGAUCGAUCAUCAUCUUGUAUAUAAGGUAGAAACGGUAGGUCAAGUGUACAUGUUAGUCAGUGGUGCGCCCGAGAGGAGGCCCGAUCACGCUCAGAAUGUUGCUGGAGCGGCUCUGAGUAUAUUACGAGAAGUAGAGAAGAUGGAAGGCAGAUACGGAGAGCAGAAAGUUAUGGUGAGGAUAGGGAUGCAUACCGGACCCGUUGCAGCCGGAGUAGUGGGAAGGAAGAUGUUGAGAUAUUGUUUAUUUGGCGACACCGUGAAUACCGCUGCCAGAAUGCAAAGUCACGGAAAGGCGGGGAAAAUACAUAUCAGCGAACCCUGUCAGAAGCAGUUGGUAGGAAGUGCGUAUGAAUGGGAAUUUAGAGGCACCAUCGACGUUAAGGGGAAAGGAAAAAUGAAUACUUAUUGGUUAGUCGGAUUGCAAGCAGACGGAGAAAGUGUUACGAGUUGAACGGAAAGGCCUAUAUUUCUUCGUCGUCUUAAAAAAUUAUUUUAUUAACGAUGUCUAUGUAAAUAAAAUAAAUAUAUUUAUAUAAAUCUCAUUGUUAACUAUAAAACGAAUAAAAGAAAAAAAAAUUAAAUUAAUGCAAAACUCGUGCCAUAAAUGUACGUCAACAAACGAAACUUGCGCAGUGUUUUAACCAUUAAAAAUAUUUUAUACGCUUCUUUAAUGCCAUCUGGUGAUUGUUGUAAUAAACUAAGUUACGUCUCGGCCGCUGCGAUUGGCAUUUGUAUCGUCGUGGAAGUGUUGCCAACUUGUGCUUUUUAAAUUACGCGCAUUUGUCAAUAUCCGAAAUAAAGUUUUGUGAAUAAAAUAUUAUUAUUAUUUCCAUUGUUUACAAUAAAUUGCAUAAAUCAACAUUGGAUUUUAAAAAAUGUUUGC